ACCGUUUCUAAUCUGAGUCACCAGCGUGUCCUGCUGGACCAAGAGUCUGCACCGUGUGAGAGAAGCUAUCAGGAGGGAACGUUCUGAAAUGGAUUCCAAGUAUUUUGUCUUAAUUUUGCUUUGUCAAUACCUGAACAAUACAUUUUUCUCAGAGACAGAAGCAAUUACAACAGAGCAGCAACCACCGUCCACUUCACUUACACCAUCAAUGUUAUAUGAUGCAACUAAUUCUCAAAACACAGCAGGGAAUACUUUAAGAAAAACAACACAAGUCAAUGUUUCUUCCGGACGACAAACACUGCCUGAAAAAAUCACUCCUGGACAACAAACACCAGUUGCUUAUGUCUCCUCUACAGAACCAGUACUGCACACUUCUGCAAGACCACUUACCUAUAACAUCACCAGACGAGCAAUAUCAACAGUCAACACCUCCUUCCCACAAACAUCACUACCUGGGUUCACUUUGGCCAAUCAAUCAUCACCUUCUACCCAUAAUUCCACUAGACAAUCACCAAGACCUUCUGCCUAUGCUUCUACACAACAACCACGGUCAUCUGCUCCUACCUCUUCUGGGAAAUCCGUACUACAGACUGUUCAUAAUCAAUCCAUAAAACCAACACCAACUAUUUAUUCACCUAGGAACUCACCACCGUUCACUUCAGAACCAACGCGUGGCAAAGGAACUGCACAAAAAACCAAAUACAAUGUAAUAGCUGCUAUAUUAAUUGGUACAAUAAUAGUUUCUAUGUUAGUAGCUAUACUCAUGGUUAUACUGUGGAAAUACUUGAGAAAACCAGUUUUAAAUGAUCAAAACUGGGCAGGCAGGUCUCCAUUCGCGGAUGGAGAAACACCAGACAUGUGCAUGGAUAACAUUAGAGAGAGCGAAGCAUCCACAAAACGCGCAUCAGUUGUUUCCCUUAUGACUUGGAAGCCAAGCAAAACCACACUGUUAGCAGAUGACUUGGAAGUUAAGCUGUUUGAAUCAAGUGAAUACAUCAAUGAUACCAAUAACCUCAAAACUGAGAGUGGAAAAGAUCAAAUAAAUUGUGUAUCAGAAGACAGUGCUGAUCGGUCAACAAUUGGCACAGCUGUAUCUUCUUCAGAUGACGUAGAUCUGUCCCUGCCACCUCCCCUUCUUGAUCUGGAUGGGCAUCUAUCUGACAAGCCUACAGUAGCAAUUGUACCUCCUCUACCAAAUGAUUCUACCAAUCUCCAGUCAUCUCCAGAUAGUCUAAAUCGAGCAUGUGAAGAUCAAGAUCAACAGCCAUUUCCACCACCCCCUGACUCUAACUUGUCUCUGUCAGCAGUAGAUUGUAUAAACAGUCAAGAGUCUAACCACGAGAUUCAGCACCAUGAGUUCUCUACUCCUGACUUCCAUCAGGAUCUCACUGACUCCCUGCCACCACCACCUCCAGAGCUGCUAUAAAGUGACAGCUUACUUUUGAGCUUGUGCUCCAUCCUGAGAUGACUCCAUCCUGUUCUUGUUCGUGGUACAACACACAGAACAUGUCAACUGGUCACCCACUGGCUUCUGUUUACGAACUACCUGACACCUGAGUGAAGCCAAUGUACACAGGUAGAUUAUUAGAGUGGUAUAUUACCAGCUAUAGAACUUAUUUUUAAAGCAGAGAGCCUUUUAUAUAUGUGAAUAAUACAUAUGUCAAUAACAUAACCAUUUUGGAAACAUGUAAUCUAUAUAUACUUACUGCUACCCAAUAGAUUUUCCCCUUGAA